GUGUCUGGGGCGCGCGCCGGGUGAGCGCCGCUGACGUCGGGCUCAGGUGCGCGUGCCCGCCCGCCCUGCCUCCCGCUCGCCCGCGCGCGGCCCAGGUGGUGGCCCGCCCGCUCUCCCGGUGGAGGCCCAGGGGGCGACGAGCGGUCCCCGCGGGGCUGGCAACGGGAGGGCGCCAGGGCUCGCCUCACGUGACGGCCGGAGGUCCCGGCGGGUGGGCCGGGGCUGCGCGGGGCGAGGCAGGCGUCCGGCCGCACCCUCGCGGGCCCGGCGGGGACCUCCCUGCGGCGGCGGCGGCGGCGGCGGCGGCCCGGCCGCCGCUCCCCUUCUCCGGCCCUCCCGCUUCUCCGCCCGCGCCGAGGCCAAGCGUCUCCUCCGCUCGGCCGAGUCCGCCAGCUUGCCGGCGGGCAUGGAGAACUGUCCCCGAAGCCCCCGCGCGGCCCGCGACCGCACGCCCGCCGGCCCCCGCUAGCUGUUGGCUUCGGGCGUUUUCUUCACCAUCCCACCGAGUCUCCGGAGUCUGUGGCGUUGAGAUUCGGACGAAAUGGAAGAAAAGGAGCGAUGUGACCCAUUCGGCUUUGCCCUCCUGCAUUGAGGCCUAGUUGGCAUCUGCAGAGAGGAAAACACAGCCAGGGAAGCGUGGUUUUUUUUUCCCCCCCCAAAGGGGGUGGGAGGGGAGGUAGUGAAAGGGAGGAAUCUUACGUUUUAUGUGUUCUUUUUAAUUCUGCACUUUGAAAGUGGUGGCUAAAUAAACUAAUCCAAAAGUUUUUUUUUUUCCUACCGAGAAGACAGAAGAGGUGGAUUUUUUUUUUUUUUUUUGGUCCCUUUUGAUUCCAACCUUUUCUCCCAGUGACAAAGCAUAAAUCAUGGACACCAGAGAAUAAGGUGAAACCUCAGGAAUCUGAAGACAGAGAAGCCUAGACCUUCUGAUUCAGGAGGGAAGGAGUGGGGGUGUUUAUCGGCUCUGUCUGGAACCUAAACCGAAAAACAUGAGUUGCAUGCCAUGGAAAGGGGACAAGUCCAAAUCUGAAUCCUUGGAGCUUCCCCAGGCAGCACCCCCACAAAUCUACCAUGAGAAGCAGCGCAGGGAGCUCUGUGCCCUUCACGCCCUCAACAACGUCUUCCAGGACAGCAAUGCCUUCACUCGGGAAACGCUGCAGGAGAUUUUCCAGAGGUUGUCUCCAAACACGAUGGUGACGCCCCACAAGAAGAGCAUGCUGGGAAAUGGGAACUAUGACGUGAAUGUCAUCAUGGCAGCACUUCAGACCAAAGGCUAUGAGGCCGUUUGGUGGGACAAGCGCAGGGACGUGGGUGUCAUUGCUCUCAGUAACGUCAUGGGCUUCAUCAUGAACCUGCCCUCCAGCCUCUGCUGGGGUCCCCUCAAGUUGCCUCUCAAAAGGCAGCACUGGAUCUGCGUUCGUGAGGUGGGAGGGGCCUACUACAACCUUGACUCCAAACUCAAGAUGCCGGAGUGGAUUGGAGGCGAGAGUGAGCUCAGGAAAUUCCUAAAAUACCAUUUGCGAGGAAAAAACUGUGAACUCCUACUGGUGGUACCAGAAGAAGUGGAAGCCCAUCAGAGCUGGAGGGUGGAUGUGUGACAGUUCUGCCGGACCCACUCUUCGCCUCAACCCUCCAGCCCUCUUUGAUGUGCUGUGGCCUCUAUAGUGGGUCUGUCCAGCCACUUCCCCAAACAUCUCAUUGGGUUUCCCCUCAGGUUUGCCAGUGCAAUAGGACGGGUGUGUGGACUGUCACAGAGCCACCAAGCACUGUCUGUGCCUAGGGGAAGAAGGUAGGAGCUCUGAACACUUAGGGCAAGCCAUUGAACACCCUUUUCUAUUUCAGAGAGGGGGGUGGAGGAGGGGUCCUUGGGGGCGCUUGCUUAUUUCCCCCUUUCUAUGAGGACUUGACACAGGUUCUGGUAGUUGUCACUGAUGCUCCAGGCUCACAGGGGGGCCGCCUCCUUUCUUUCCUGUGGCACCAGGAUGUUCAAGGACACAGUACACACAGAGCCCAGUGACUAGCUCAGAGGACCCAGAGCAUAAGCGUCUCAGGAAACUGUCAAGCCCCUAGUGGUGGCAUCGCAUGCCAUCAACAUCCAUAAUGCCACCUCUUAUCCCAUUUUUAAUCCUGGCCAGCCUUGGAUUUUGAUAUUCCAGCAAGACAGUGGUGUAAAAGAUGCCUAAUAUUGUGGGGCUAAAGCCACAUUAGGACAGUCAUGGGUAGCUUUUCACUCCGAUGAUGUCCCUACCAUUUCACUCCAUUGACUCAGGAAGCUCUGGGGCAAAGACAAUAAAGAGGGACAGCACUCCUGGUUGGCCCAUUUUAGCCAAGUCAGAAGCACAUCUACCACUGGCCUCAAACUCCAAAGUUGGGGACAGAGUUGGAUGAGGAAACUGCCAUGAAGGUGAGCCUCACAGUUUGAGAGUGAGAACUGGUAGGCACAUCCUGGGCUCCAGCGCUGUGACAUAGGAGUCUCAGGUUGCUUGUGUGCAUCAUGCUAGAGGCUCUGGGCUUGGCAUCUUGGUGUAGUUUCCUUUACAAACUGAGGGUUGGCUCACCCCCACUUCAAGUAGUUCUAGACCAUUUUUUUCUCCUGUAAUUUUAGAAAGUAAGCAGAGGAAAUAAAAAUCAUACCACACACCAAUGUGGUUGCGGUGGCCUUCAAGGCAGGUGACCUGGCCAGCCCUUAGGGAGCCAUGGACUCUGCAGGUCUGAGGGCUGCCCCACUGGCCAGGCUUCUCCCUUGGCAGCAGAGCUAGCCUAGGCUUGCAUGUCCAUCCUGAGCAAGCAUAUUGGGGUGAAGCAGGGGCUAUCUCCCCACUGUGACUGGAGUGCAUGUUUACACCAGCACUUUUUCUGCACAUGUUAUCUUCAAUCCAUCAAGGCCGUUUUUUAUUCGCGUAGCAGAGGCCCCAGGUGGCUACUGCAUUACACUCAAACACGGUCGUCUGUACCAUUUUCUACACCGGAUCUGCUUGGCACCAUGGGGAGCUCUGACCCUGCACAAUGACAUUCCAAUCACGACCAGCCAGAAGUCAACAGCCGACCUUGCUGAUUGUCACAAGCAGGACCUUGGGUCCAUUGGCACUGUCGGUGGUAGUAAGCCAUUUCCUGGGAAGAGCAGACUCCUCCCUCCAGAUGCGCUUGGGCCUGUGCAAAUGGCACUGCAAAGGAGUCCCAUGCACGUGGAGUCCAUGAGCCAGUGGGAUGGACAAAAGACGCUUAAGCAUUUCAGGGCUGGUUCUGUUCAUAUCCAAUUCUGGUGCUUAGGAACAGGGACCCAUGUGAUGCCCAAGGGCAAAAAGCCCCACUCCUUUUAAGGAAGGGGCAUCCUGACCCUGAUGCCCUGCAAGGGGCAGCCCUAGGCUUUGUUUUUCUUGCUUUAUUCCCUUUUUCUUUUUGUUGGCCUUGUGCUGGGUUUGUUUACAAAGAUGUAUUUUGUUUAACCAAAUAUUAAAAAUGAAAAACUGAACACAA